AAAAAACUAAGAUUUUUACUUAAAUACCCUUGUCAUCAUAUAAUUGCUAAACCCUUUUCGGCUAUUACCAAAACCAUUUCGAUUCAGCAGCCACCGUCGUCCCUCUCUAACGUUCGUGAAGUGUGUCAUUCCCAAUAAUUAUUAAGGUUUGUUUGUAAAAGAUGAGUUUAAUAUCUCAAAAUGCUCGCUCUAGAAAUGAGACCAAAAGAGAGGAGGACCUUAAGGCAAAAGAAGUUGAAGAUGGUCAAGAUUAUGAUGUUGAUACCGUAGAAGUGAAAAAGAGGAAGUUAGACGGAAAGGAAGAACAUUUGGCAAAAGAACAAGUUAAAGAGAUGAAAAAACUUGAGAGCUUUUUGUUUGGGUCUCUCUACUCCCCUCUUGAAUUUGGAAAUGGGGAUGACGAUGAAGGGGAAGCCAUGACUGCUGCAAAGGCUUCCAAUUUGUUCUUCACUGACCGUUCUGCUGAUAGUGGCCUCACUGUUUACCAAGAAGAUUCUGACUUCUCGGAUGGAAGUUGUGGUGACGAUGCUUUGCGAAAAAAGCCGGUUUGGGUGGAUGAGGAAGAAGAGAAAGUCACUGUUAACAUAGCCAAAGUUAACAGAUUAAGGAAGUUAAGGAAGGAAGAGGACGAGAAUGUGAUAUCUGGUUCAGAGUAUGUGUCAAGAUUGAGGGCUCAACAUGUGAAGCUCAACCGAGGAACUGACUGGGCCCAGCUUGAUUCAGGGUCAAAAAUGGAUGGAUCUUCUGAUGAUGAAUUGACAGAUGAUGGAAAUAAUGUUCUUGUGAGCCGAGGUUAUGAGGAUCUGGAUGAUAUUCUCAGAACAAAUGAAGACUUGGUUGUGAAGAGCAGCUCAAAAUUGUUGCCAGGUCAUAUUGAAUACUCGAAACUUGUAGAUGCAAACAUUCAGGAUCCUUCUAAUGGUCCCAUUAAUUCGGUUCAGUUCCAUCGAAAUGGUCAGCUGCUUCUUGCUGCUGGAUUAGACCGGAAUCUUAGAUUCUUUCAAAUCGAUGGCAAACGGAACACCAAAAUUCAAAGCAUCUUCCUUGAAGAUUGCCCCAUUCGAAAAGCAUCUUUCUUGCCCGAUGGGUCUCAGGUGAUAAUAUCUGGAAGAAGAAAGUUCUUUUAUAGUCUUGAUUUAGUUAAGGCUAGAGUUGAUAAAAUUGGUCCGCUGUUGGAUAGGGAAGAGAAGAGUAUUGAAGUUUUUGAGGUCUCUCCUGAUUCCAAAAUGAUAGCCUUUGUGGGUAAUGAAGGUCAUAUUUUACUGGUUUCAACAAAAUCAAAGCAAUUAGUUGGUACUCUGAAGAUGAACGGAACAGCCCGUGCGUUAGCUUUUACUGAAGAUGGACAAAAGUUGUUGAGCACUGGUGGCGAUGGCCAUAUUUACCAUUGGGAUCUGAGAACAAGGACUUGUAUGCACAAAGGUGUAGAUGAAGGCUGUUUAAACGGCACAGCCAUUUGUACUUCUCCAGUAGGGACACAUUUUGCAGCUGGUUCGGCCAGUGGAGUUGUGAAUAUUUACAAUAGUGAGGAAUUUCUCGGGGGAAAGAGAAAACCUAUCAAGACCAUUGAUAACCUGAAUACUGAAGUGGAUUUCAUGAAAUUUAAUCAUGACUCUCAAAUAUUAGCAAUCUGUUCAAGGGCAAAGAAUAGUAGUUUGAAAUUAAUACAUAUACCAUCCUACACUGUUUUCUCUAACUGGCCUCGUUCAAAUGCGAGCCUGCAUUAUCCCCGUUGUAUUGAUUUUAGUCCAGGUGGUGGUUUUAUGGCUGUAGGAAACGCAUCAGGCAAAGUGUUACUCUAUAAGUUGCAUCAUUAUCACCAUGCCUAAAGUAGAUUAGAAAUACUGGCAGAGUUUUUGUUGUCUUUUCUUUAUUUGAAGUGUUGUAACAUUUUUGAGACUUGAGUUGUAUUCUAUCAUUAAUUAAUCAACAUUUUUUUCUGCGUCAAAUAACCAGAACUUCAUCUGU